CGGUUAGGGGAACCCACCAGGCCGGAACCUUCUGGAACUCUUUCCUGAGGGAAUCGUGACGAAGAUGUGGACCAGUGGAUUUGAAAGCUAUAGCAGUUCCUCUUUUGGGGGAGCCGGAGGCUACACACAGUUCCCUGGGGGCUCUGGAUCACUGACACCUUCCCAGGCUGAAAAGAAAUCUAGAGCCCGAGCUCAGCAUAUUGUACCCAGUACCAUAUCUCAGCUGCUUUCUGCUACUCUGGUUGAUGAAGUGUUCAAAAUUGGAAAUGUUGAGAUUUCACAGGUCACUAUUGUGGGGAUAAUCAGAAAUGCAGAGAAGGCUGCAACCAACAUUGUUUACAAAACAGAUGACAUGACGGCUGCACCCAUGGAUGUUCACCAGUGGGUUGACACAGGUGAUGCCAGCAGUGAAAACACUGUGGUUCCUCCAGAAACAUAUGUGAAAGUGGCUGGUCAUCUGAGAUCUUUUCAGAACAAGAAAAGCCUGGUAGCCUUUAAGAUCAUGCCCCUGAAGGAUAUGAAUGAGUUCACCACACAUACACUGGAAGUAGUCAAUGGACACAUGAUGCUGAGCAAGUCUAACAGCCAACCCUCAGCAGGGAGAGCACCUAUCAGCAAUCCAGGAAUGGGUGAAACUGGGAACUUUGGUGGGAAUAGCUUCAUGCCAGCAAAUGGCCUCACUGUGGCCCAGAACCAGGUACUGAAUUUGAUUAAGGCUUGCCCAAGGCCUGAAGGAUUGAACUUUCAGGAUCUCAAGAAUCAGCUCCAACACAUGACUGUAGCCUCAAUCAAGCAAGCUGUGGAUUUUCUAAGCAAUGAGGGACACAUCUAUGUGGAUGAUGCUCAUUUUAAAUCCACAGACGCAGAAUGACUGGAUCUAAUUGGG